UUCCCCUCCCCUCCCUUUCCGAAGCACUAAAAAAGAGGAAAACCGAGUCCCCACAACCAUCUUCUUCUCUAGAUAGAGAGACUCAGCAGCACACACACAGCGAAAGAGAUAGAAAAGAUGAGAAAAAUAUGAAGGCAUGCUUUGUCGGCCAUUGAAGCUUCAACCCAAGAGCUCUGGUCCCUUCUCUUCCAAAAGAUCAUUCAUGCCCAUCAUUCCAUUCCCGACUCUGAGCCGUGAGCUUCAACUGAAGGACUUGGCUUUACCUCUGUGUGUGUUGCUUUUCAUAGUUUGAAAGGGUAUUGAUAUUUCUGGAAUAAAAUAUUCUCAACGAGAUCUUUUAUAUGAUUCUAUGCACUUUGAGCUCUGAGUUUCUUGGUGCAAAAGCCGCAAUAAAGGGGUGGGCUUUGAGAUAUUUGUGCACAAAUCUUGGCCUGUAGACCGGAGAUCCCCACCAUUUGUGGAAAAGGCGAACUGGGUUUGCCUCACUUUUGUCUGUUGGUUCAUAAUUCCAUGGUUUUCAGCUUGUCAUUUCAGGGAGUCAGUGCCAAGAGGUGGACUUGCUGCUUGCAUUAUCACUUUUUUGAUGAGUGAUUAUCAUAGACUUUGAGAGGGUUACUAAAAUGUCCAAAAAAUCCGAGUUGAGGAGGGCUUUGGAAGUGGAGUUUGCAGGAAUUUUACUUGCUUUGACUCUACUUGCUUCUACUUCAGAGGGGCUGAAUACCGAGGGGCUGUACCUUUUAGAGCUAAAGAAAAGUAUUCAGGAUGAGUUUUAUUUUUUGGGAAAUUGGAACUCCUCUGAUCAAACACCAUGUGGUUGGAUAGGUGUAAAUUGCUCUUCUGGUUAUGCUCCAGUGGUCAAAGGUCUUAAUUUAAGUUUCCUGAAUCUGUCAGGAGUCCUCAGCCCUAGCAUUGGUGGUUUGGUUCAUCUAACUUUUCUUGAUCUUUCACACAAUGAUUUCUUGGGAGGCAUACCCAAGGAGAUUGGAAACUGUUCGAGUUUGGAACAACUUUAUCUGAACGAUAACCAGUUUACAGGCCAAAUACCUGUGGAGGUGGGUAAGCUGUCAAAUUUAAGAAGUUUGAAUAUUUGUAAUAACAAAAUCAAUGGUUCUCUUCCAGAGGAGCUUGGGAACCUGUCUUCUCUGGUUGAUUUUGUGGCAUACACCAACAAUAUUACGGGUUCAAUACCCCCAUCUUUUGGAAAUCUCAAGAAUCUGGUAACUUUUAGAGCUGGGCAGAAUGCUAUUUCUGGUAGCAUGCCAGCCGAAAUUGGUGGAUGUAAGAGCUUGAAACUGCUUGGUCUUGCCCAAAAUGCUAUAGGGGGGGAAUUGCCUAAGGCGAUUGGGAUGCUUCAGAGCAUGACAGAUAUGAUUCUGUGGGGUAACCAGGUAUCCGGGCCUAUACCAAAGGAGCUUGGAAAUUGCACUAGCCUUGAGACUAUUGCUUUGUAUCAGAACAAUCUUGUGGGGCCUAUACCUCCAGAACUUGGGAAACUGAAGUCAUUGAAGAAAUUGUACAUCUACAGGAAUGGCUUGAAUGGAACCAUUCCACGGGAAAUUGGAAAUCUUUCUUUUGCAACUGAGAUUGAUUUCUCGGAGAACUAUUUGAUAGGUGAGAUCCCAACAGAGUUAAGUAAGAUAAGAGGUCUAAGCUUACUGUACCUUUUCCAGAACCAGCUAACAGGUGUGAUUCCAAAUGAACUGAGUAGCUUGAGGAACUUGACAAAGCUUGAUCUUUCAAUGAAUUACCUCAAAGGUCCUAUUCCGGAUGGGUUUCAAUAUUUGACUGAACUGUACCAGUUACAGCUGUUUAACAAUUCUCUAAGCGGUAGCAUACCUCGGUGGCUUGGACUUCACAGUGGACUUUGGGUAGUUGAUUUUUCUGAUAACUUUCUGACAGGAAGAAUACCUCCAUAUCUCUGUCGACAUUCCAAUCUAAUUUUGUUGAACCUAGAGGCUAAUGAUCUUAAUGGAAAUAUUCCACCUGGAGUCUUGAACUGUAAAUCAUUAGUGCAACUUCGUCUAGUUGGAAACAGGCUAACUGGGAGCUUUCCUUCGGAGUUAUGCAAUUUGCCAAACCUUUCUGCAAUUGAGUUGGACCAGAACAAAUUCACUGGUCCAAUUCCUCCAGAGAUUAGGAACUGCCAAAAGUUGCAAAGGCUUCAUAUUUCAGACAAUUACUUUACAUCUGAGUUGCCAAAGGAAAUAGGAUAUCUGUCUCAAUUGGUGACUUUCAACAUAUCAUCCAAUUUGCUCACCGGGCGGAUUCCGCCUGAAAUUGUUAACUGCAAGAUGCUUCAACGACUUGAUCUCAGUCGGAAUCGAUUUGUAGACGCUUUGCCAAAUGAGCUGGGAACCCUUUUGCAAUUAGAGCUUCUCAGGCUUUCAGAAAAUAAUUUCAUUGGAAACAUACCAGCAGCACUAGGAAACCUCUCCCAUUUGACAGAGUUGCAGAUGGGUGGCAACUUGUUUUCUGGUGAAAUACCACCAGAAUUGGGUUCACUUUCAAGCUUGCAGAUUGCAAUGAAUCUCAGUUUUAAUAAUUUCACUGGGAGAAUACCACCAACGCUUGGAAAUCUUAAUUUACUUGAAUUCCUGCUACUCAAUAACAAUCAUUUGACUGGUGACAUUCCCAGCUCAUUUGAGAAUCUGUCGAGCUUAAUGGGCUGCAACUUCUCAUACAAUGACCUUACUGGACCUUUACCUCCCAUCCCACUGUUUCAGAACAUGGCAAUUAGCAGCUUUAUCGGGAACAAAGGUCUUUGUGGUGGACCUCUCGUUGGUUGCAGUGUAAAUCCGUCUCUUCAUUCUGUUCCAUCUCUGGAAAGUGGGGGUACUCGACGCGGUAAAAUUGUUACAGUAAUUGCAGGUGCUGUGGGAGGUGUUUCUCUUAUUCUCAUUGCUAUUAUCUUAUAUUUCAUGAGACGUCCAGGUCAGACAGUUCCUUCCUUGCAAGAUAAAGAUACUCUAUCUCCUGAUAUGGAUAUGUACUUGCCUCCAAAGGAGGGAUUCACAUUCCAAGAUCUAGUUGAGGCGACAAAUAACUUUCAUGAAAGCUAUGUUAUUGGAAGGGGAGCUUGUGGAACCGUUUAUAAGGCAGUAAUGAAAACUGGACAGACAAUUGCUGUUAAGAAGCUAUCAUCGAACCGGGAGGGCAACAACAUUGAAAACAGUUUCCAGGCUGAGAUUUCGACUUUAGGAAAUAUAAGGCAUCGAAAUAUUGUGAAGUUAUAUGGAUUCUGUUAUCACCAGGGUUCCAAUCUUCUUCUUUAUGAGUACAUGGCAAAGGGUAGCUUGGGUGAAUUGCUUCAUGGUGCCUCUUGUAGCUUGGACUGGCCAACUCGUUUUAUGAUUGCCCUUGGAGCUGCUGAAGGUCUUUCUUAUUUACAUCAUGACUGCAAACCCAGGAUUGUCCACCGUGAUAUAAAGUCCAAUAACAUUUUGCUAGAUGAGAAAUUCGAAGCCCAUGUAGGUGAUUUUGGUUUGGCAAAAGUGAUUGAUAUGCCUUAUUCAAAAUCAAUGUCAGCAGUUGCAGGAUCAUAUGGAUAUAUUGCUCCUGAGUAUGCGUACACCAUGAAGGUUACAGAAAAAUGCGAUAUCUAUAGCUACGGCGUUGUUCUAUUGGAGUUGCUAACUGGAAGAACUCCUGUACAGUCACUAGAUCAAGGAGGUGAUCUUGUCACGUGGGUGAGGCAUUAUGUUCAAGACCAUUCAUUGACAUCUGGGAUACUUGAUAGUCGGUUAAAUCUUCAGGACAGAAGUAUUGUUGAUCACAUGCUUACUGUCUUAAAAAUUGCUUUGAUAUGCACAAGCACGACGCCUUUCGACCGUCCUUCAAUUCGAGAAGUUGUGCUGAUGCUUACUGAGUCUAAUGAGCAAGAAGGGGACUUUAUUCCAUCUCCAACUUAUGAUCUUCCUUUGAAAGUUGAUACAGAUCUUCCGAAGGAUGAUGAAGAUCUUCCUUUGAAAGACAACACCCGACAUCCUCCUUCGAAAGAUGAUACUCGAUGAAAGUAUACGACACAUCCCUAGAUUUUAGUAACUCAGAUGAUUUUUUUGGGUGCUGAUUCUUCCUCGAAUUAUUUGCAACAAGGAAAUGGUAAUAGCUUGUACAUUUUUCCAACUAGAAAUAUGAAUACUGGAAUUUUCCUUUCUAA